CAAUAACAUCGAGCUCUCAGGCGAGAGAGAGAGCGCGCGAGCGUGGGCUUUGAAGAGGAUAACCGUUUGUAUCUUUUCAGUUUCUUUUCGGUUCGUUUUGAGGACUUUAUUGACAACGUCAAAUAAGGUUGUUCAAAUCGAUCAGACCGUGAAACUGAUAAAAGUUUCUUCAGGGUUCCCCAUGAGCUGAUAAAGAGUGAACGAACACAGGAUUUCACAAACAAACGUCAAGAAAGGUGGCUUUCGAACCUCUCACUGAAAUCAAAGGGAGCCGAGUCGAAACAUUGCAGUGAUCACUUCAUGAAAGGUGCAAUGGUUGAAGAGGAGCAAUUUGUGAAUAUAGACUUGAAUGAUGACAACAUCUGCACCAUCUGUAAGCUGGACACAGACACUGGAACUCUGUCCUUCUGUCACGUCUGCUUCGAGCUAAGCAUAGAGGGUGUGUCCACUGCCACACUGCUGCACUCCACGUCUUUGCGUGGGCACAGGGACUGCUUUGAAAAGUACCAUCUCAUUGCCAACCAGAAAGUCUCCCAUGCCAAGUCCUCGCGCAGUACCUAUGAGGGUGUCAAGCGGGCGCUCAGCCAGCAGAUCAGCCGCAUUGUGCAGUAUGCUCAGAACAGAGACUCUGACUCCAAACACCAGCUCCUGUUUCACACACAACAGGGUGACAGGAAGUUGAUGGCCCAGUCGGGUGCCCAGGUCCCUCGAUAUGCCCCUCGGUGGGUGGGGGGCACAUGUCCAGGUGAAACCGAGGAUCUGGAGCUCCUGCAGGACUCUGGGCAGCUGUGGAGGAAUGAACAGAAGCACACACUGCAACAGCAGGGAGGCGGAGGAGAACAGCGAGAGAGGCAGCACGCAGGCCACAGCCGAGAGGAAUUGGUGAAAAUGAGUGUUGAAGAGCUUCAUCAGCUGAACUCGCAGCUGCUGCUGCAGAUUCAAGAGGUCUUUGAGGAGCUUUCAGUAGCUGUGCAGGAGAAGGACUCUUUGGCAUCUCAGCUCCAUGUCCGCCACAUUGCUAUCGAGCAGCUCUUUAAGAACUGUGCCAAACUCCCAUGGCUUCAGAUUGGCCGGGCGGGGGUUAAAGCCAGCAACCCUUCAGUGGAGUGAAGUGUGAGUUGUCCACAGUGGAUUAGAGAGCACCCUCCAGUCUGGGGAGGCCGGAAUAAAGGUUUCACUCGAGUCACAUGCUUUUCACGCCUUGCAUAUACUCUUAAGAAGGUGGAGCUGAUGAGUUGGCUUGUUCUUGCUGUACUUGAACAUGAGAAGUCUUGACAGAGACUAACACGGGGAGUUUUGGACCUUCUGUAAGGUGCACCUGUGGUUGCUAUGCAGACUGGGGUCAGACACGAUGGCCUAAUCAACAUUAACUUGAAUAAUGUUUUAUUAUUUUUGUUACGUCUUAGACAUUUCUAUUUAUUGUUCUUAGUUAAUCCUAUUAUUUUUUAAAUUCGCAACUUCUUUUUAUUUGAAUUAGAGCAACAGAUGCCUCUAUAACUGUGCAUGACGGACCGGAGUCUGGGCUGAUUUGACUCUGGUGUUACUGUGGUAAUGGUUGCUUAGUUAAGAAGGGAGUGUGUUCUCUCUGGUCAUUGCAGUGGGAUUGUGGUUUCCAGUUAUGAAAUGCGUUUCUCUGCAGUGUACCAGUGCAAAACAGUAUAAAGAUGAGGUAAAUAACCUUGCGAAGAGAUAGAAUAAUAGUAGUAGAUUUAUUGUUGCUUAGUUUCACAUUUUCAAUAAAUGCAUCGAUCCAAAUCAACCCAUCAUUACAUCCUUAAAUAAAGCUUUAUAAACACACACACACACACACACCUCCCCCAACCCCCCAAAGUUCUUCCUGGGUAGGUUAGGACACCAUUGGUCAUCAAACAUUCCUUUCUGUUUAGCAUUACUCGGGGACAUUAAUGCUACGUUCACACUGCAAGGCUUAAAGCUCAAUUCCGAUUUUUUUGUGAAAUCCGAUUUUUUUGUGAGGUCGUUCACAUUAACAAAUAUAUGCGACUUGUAUGUGAUCCUCAGUAUGAACAAAAAGCGACCUAAAAGUGUUCUGCAUGCGCACUGCAGGAUACGACGACGUCACACGCAGUGAGCAUGGCCAGUGUUUACGGAAGUAAAACCGCCCAGUUGCGGUAUGACCCAUCCAAUCUAGCUUGAAUAGCUGUAUCGCCCCCAAAUGGAAAUCAGCUCCCUAACCUCUGCGUCCUUCCAUUGAGAAGAUUCAGAACCUUCACAGCCCGAAGCGUCCCUCGCAUUGAUGUCAUGCGCAGGGGCGCAGAUACGUUUUUUGAACUGGGGGGGACAAAAAACUGUGGGGGACAAAGCUGCCAGCAAACCAACCCCAACCCCGAUAUGCCUAUCAAACUCGUUGUGGGUUACCAUAGCAACCAAGCUCGAGCUCGCAACCUGUGCAGUCUGCGCAGCUCAACCAACCGAAUAUCAGUCUUUGUUUUGUUUUAUGUGAGUUGUUGCAACUAUGUAUACACUGCUGUGCACCUCAAUAAACCGAAUGGUGAUUAGUCUUUUGAUUUUUCCGUGAGGUUUGCCUUAUGCAAAGAAAGACAGCAUAGACGUUUUUUCCUCCCUAUAAGUGGGGGGGACCGAGCGAGGUGAAUUUAAAUCUGGGUGGGACGAGUCCCCCCCUCUAUCUGCGCCCGUGAUUAUGCGCCAUGUUGUUGUAACUUUUUUUGAGAGACCCGCCGCCUAGUUCAGCGCAGAAUAGUGACGUUUGUGGCUUGUUGAUGACGUGUAAGUCGGAUGAAUGCGACCUGGCGGUUCAGACUGAAGUCGCAUAUGAAAAGAGCGGAUAGGAAUCGGAAUUAGUACCACAUAUCCAAACGGCCUGGGUCGGAUUUGAAAAAAUUGGAUCUGUGUCGUUCAUAUUGUCAAUAAAAGAUCGGAUACAGGUCACAUAUGGGCGAAAAGAUCGGAUUUGAGUCACUUCAGCCUGCAGUGUGAACGUAGCCUAAUAGGGAUUUCACGCACCUUAAAAAGCCUAACCAAAGUCUGUUACCAAAAGGUAACAUAAAUCAGUAUUAUUUUUAAGUAAUGUUGCAUGAGUAAAUGGAAAUUUAUGCACAUUUAUUUAAUAUUUAAUUUCAUUGAAAUAAGAUUUCCUUGAUCCUUGUUCAAACAUUUCAGUUCAUAAAUUUCAAAUGUUGAACCUGGUAUCUGUUUACUUAUUUCGAACCUUAUUAUACAGCAUGGUUUUUUUUCAGGUAUACACAUACACAGUUUAUUCCCGUGGAAAAUCUUGAGGUGACGGCGCCAUCUGGUGGUUAUACAGAAAAUCUGUUCACAAUAGAUGAAAUUAGUGCAGCCUACUGAUUAUGACACUGAACUCUAAUUAAAUAUAGCGGUUCCAAUGUGUCAUUUUAAAUGUAAAAAUAUUUUGUUCAGAGAAAAUGCUUCUCUUUGUAAGAGACUUAGAUUUUAAUCCACCUCUCUGUGGGUUGUAUGAAAAGUGUGGUGGUUUUUUAUUGUGUGUUUUUUUUUUGUAGGUUUUAUGUGUUAAAUGCAUGUCUGGUGCUUGAUAUGCUGUACAAAGUUGAACUGUGAUUCUCCUCAGCAUUAUUGUAUGCAUGUCAGUUCUGCUUAUAUAUAAAGCUGUUAGAUUCGCGUGUUGGUUUUUAGAGUUCAUUUGCUUUUUAGCGGAUUAAAACCCAUGUACUAUUUCAGGAUUAUAACAACAAUGCCUUGAGAACACGUCAUUUUUAGCAAACUAUGGAUUCAGCUGAUGUUUGGGCGGCACGGUGGUGUAGUGGUUAGCACUGUCGCCUCACAGCAAGAAGGUUCCGGGUUUGAACCUCACGGCUGACAGGGGGCUUUCUGUGUGGAGUUUGCAUGUUCUGUCUGUGUGGGUUUGCUCUGGUUUCCCCCACAGUUUAAAGACAUGCAGAUUCGGUACAAUGGGGCCACUGUAAUUGGUGCAAGCUGUUGUGGUUUCCCAUGCCAUGAUGUAUAUAGAUCUUCCUAUGGCAAAAGCUAAAUAAAUUAAAUUAUGUACAGGGUUGCAUCCAGACUGCCCACCAAACAAAUUGUUAAUCUUUGCAAAGCUCAUGUAAAACUUAACAUGAUGUUUUGGCAUGUACACUUGAUUCGAGAUCAGUUCUGUUGUUUUAUACGUUGUCUUUUUUUAAACUUUUUAUUUGUUUUGAUUUUUUUAAUGCAUCAUUUUCAUUUAAGUGUAUUAUGAGGUUUUGUGUUUGUUUCCCUAAUAGCUCAUGCAAUAAUGUGUGGUUGUGUUGUGGUCUGAGUGAUUUAUAUAUU